AUGCAGAUCCUGGAGGCAACACCCCUCUUGGAGUCCUUCGGUAAUGCCAAAACCGUCAGGAAUGACAACUCCAGCCGCUUUGGGAAGUUCGUGGAAAUCUUUCUGGAAGGGGGCGUGAUCUCUGGUGCCAUAACCUCCCAGUACCUGCUUGAGAAAUCCAGGAUCGUGUUUCAGGCCAAAAACGAGAGGAAUUACCACAUCUUCUACGAGUUGCUGGCCGGGUUGCCUGCCCAGCUCCGACAGGCCUUUAGCCUGCAAGAGGCUGAGACCUACUACUAUCUGAACCAGGGUGGAAACUGUGAGAUAGCAGGAAAGAGCGAUGCAGAUGACUUUCACCGGCUCCUGGCUGCCAUGGAGGUGCUGGGCUUCAGCGGUGAGGACCAGGACAGCGUCUUCCGCAUCCUGGCCUCCAUCCUGCACCUGGGCAACGUCUACUUUGAGAAGUAUGAGACAGAUGCACAGGAGGUGGCCUCAGUGGUGAGUGCCCGGGAGAUCCAGGCCGUGGCAGAGCUGCCGCGGAUCUCCCCUGAGGGCCUGCAGAAGGCCAUCACCUUCAAAGUGACCGAGACAAUGCGAGAGAAGAUCUUCACGCCCCUAACUGUGGAGAGCGCUGUGGAUGCCAGGGACGCCAUCGCCAAGGUCUUGUAUGCACUGCUGUUCAGCUGGCUCAUCACCAGGGUCAACGCGCUGGUGUCCCCAAGGCAGGACACGCUGUCCAUCGCCAUCCUGGACAUCUAUGGUUUCGAGGACCUGAGCUUCAACAGCUUUGAGCAGCUGUGUAUUAACUACGCAAACGAGAACCUUCAGUACCUUUUCAACAAGAUCGUCUUCCAGGAGGAGCAGCUGUCUCCUGCUGCCCACUGCCUGCAGGAGGAGUACAUCCGUGAGCAGAUCGACUGGCAGAUCACCUUUGCUGACAACCAGCCCUGCAUCAACCUCAUCUCACUGAAGCCUUAUGGCAUCCUGCGGAUCCUCGACGACCAGUGUUGCUUUCCCCAGGCUACAGACCACACCUUCCUACAGAAGUGCCACUACCAUCAUGGCGCCAACCCGCUCUAUUCCAAACCCAAGAUGCCGCUGCCUGAGUUCACCAUCAAGCACUAUGCAGGCAAGGUCACCUACCAGGUGCACAAGUUCCUGGACAAGAACCACGACCAAGUGCGCCAGGAUGUGCUGGACCUGUUCGUACGGAGCCGGACACGGGUGGUGGCAUACCUCUUCUCCAGCCAUGCCCCACAGGCUGCCCCUCAGCGCCUGGGCAAGAGCAGCUCCGUCACUCGGCUCUACAAGGCGCACACUGUGGCCGCCAAGUUCCAGCAGUCACUCCUGGAUCUGGUGGAAAAGAUGGAGAGGUGUAACCCCUUGUUCAUGCGUUGCCUGAAGCCCAACCACAAGGAGGAGCCAGGUCUCUUUGAGCCAGAUGUGGUAAUGGCACAAUUACACUAUUCAGGGGUGCUGGAGACCGUGAGGAUCCGCAAGGAGGGAUUUCCAGUGCGCCUGCCUUUCCAGGGCUUCAUCGACAGGUACUGCUGUCUAGUGGCCCUCAAGCAUGACCUGCCGGCUAAUGGGGACAUGUGUGUGUCAGUGCUGAGUCGCCUGUGCAAAGUCAUGCCAAAAAUGUACCGUGUUGGGGUCAGCAAGCUGUUCCUUAAGGAACACCUAUACCAGCUGCUGGAGAGUAUGCGAGAGCAUGUCCUGAAUCUGGCAGCCCUCACCCUGCAGCGCUGCCUCCGUGGCUUCUUCAUUAAGUGGCCAUUCCGCUCUCUGUGCUACAAGAUCAUCCUGCUGCAAAGCCGGGCCCGUAGCUACCUUGCCAGGCAACGCUAUCAGCAGAUGAGGAGGAGUCUGGUGAAGUUCCGGUCCCUGGUACACGCAUACGUGAGCCGCCGACGCUAUCUCAAGCUGAGGGCAGAGUGGAGGCGCCAGGUGGAGUGGGCGCGGCUGUGGGAGCAGGAGGAGCUGAGCAAGCAGAAGGUAGUCGCUGUGGGGCACCUGGAGGUACCGGCUGAGCUGGCUGGGCUCUUGCAAGCAGUGGCAGGCCUCGGGCUGGCCCGGGUGCCUCGGGUGGCCCCUGUGCAGACUCCUCGGCUCUAGGCUGAGCCCCGUGUCACACUGGCCCUGGACAUCAACUAUCCUAUGGCCAAGUUUGUCCGGUGCCACUUCAAGGAACCUGCCUUUGGGAUGUUGACAGUGCCCCUGAGGACACCCCUCACGCAGCUGCCAGCCGAGCACCAUGCAGAGGCCGUGAGCGUCUUCAAGUUGAUCCUGCGCUUCAUGGGCGACCCCCACCUGCAUGGUGCCCAGGAGAACAUCUUCGGGAACUACAUUGUGCAGAAGGGGCUGGCGGUGCCUGAGCUGCGGGACGAGAUCCUGGCACAGCUGGCCAAUCAGGUGUGGCACAAUCACAAUGCCCACAAUGCUGAGCGGGGCUGGCUGCUGCUGGCCGCCUGCCUCAGUGGCUUUGCACCUUCCCCGCGCUUCAACAAGUACCUUCUCAAGUUUGUGUCUGAUUAUGGGCGGAAUGGCUUUCAGGCUGUGUGUCAGCACCGCCUCAUGCAGGCCAUGGGCCGGGCCCAACAGCAGGGCUCGAGGGCUGCCCGCACCUUACCCCCGACCCAGCUGGAGUGGACAGCGACCCAUGAGAAGGCCAGCAUGGCGCUGGACGUGGGCUGCUUCAGUGGUGACCAGUUCUGCCCGGUGCACUCCUGGAGUACGGGGGAAGAGGUGGCUGGAGACAUUCUGAGGCACAGGGGGCUGGCAGAUGGCUGGCGCGGCUGGACCGUGGCCAUGAAGAAUGGUGUCCAGUGGGCAGAGCUGGCUGGCCACGACUACGUGUUGGACCUGGUGUCGGACUUGGAGCUGCUCAGGGACUUCCCUCGACAGAAGUCCUACUUCAUUGUGGGCGCAGAGGGGCCUGUAGCCAGCAGGGGAGGCCCCAAAGUCGUGUUUGGGAACAGCUGGGACUCGGAUGAGGACACGGCCACUAGACCCCAGCCCCAGGAGCACAUGCCCAAAGUACUUGACUCUGAUGGGUACAGCAGCCACAAUCAGGACGGUACAAAUGGGGAGACUGAGGCCCAAAGAGGGACAGCAACCUACCAAGAGUCAGACAGUCUUGGAGAGCCUGCUGUGCCCCACAGGGGGCUGGACUGCUACCUGGAUAGCCUCUUCGACCCUGUGCUGUCCUACGGGGAUGUGGACCUGGAGAAGCCAACAGCCAUUGCCUACCGCAUGAAAGGGGGAGGCCAGCCCGGUGGAGGCAGCAGUAGUGGUACUGAAGACACCCCCAGGAGACCCCCAGAGCCAAAGCCAAUCCCAGGCCUGGAUGCCUCCACAUUGGCUCUGCAGCAAGCCUUCAUCCACAAACAGGCCGUGCUGCUGGCCCGGGAGAUGACCCUGCAGGCCAUGGCACUCCAGCAGCAGCCCCUGAGUGCUGCCCUGAGAUCCUUGCCCGCAGAGAAACCCCCAGCACCAGGGGCACAGCCGAAGUCUGUAGGCACCGGUCCCCCUGCCAAACCCGUGCUCCUGCGUGCCACUCCAAAGCCCUUGGCCCCAGCCCCUCUGGCCAAGGCUCCAAGGCUCCCCACCAAGCCUGUGGCUGCCCCUGUUCUAGCUCAAGAUCAGGCUUCUCCAGAAACCACUUCACCCUCCCCAGAGCUGGUCCGGUACUCUACGCUCAACUCUGAGCACUUCCCACAGCCCACACAGCAGAUCAAGAAUAUUGUCAGGCAGUACCAGCAGCCGUUCCGGGGAGGCCGGCCCGAGGCCCUCAGGAAGGAUGGCGGGAAGGUGUUCAUGAGGCGGCCAGACCCUCACGAGGAGGCCCUGAUGAUCCUGAAGGGGCAGAUGACUCACCUGGCAGCUGCACCUGGCACCCAGGUGUCCAAAGAGGCCGUGGCCCUGGCGAAGCCGGUGACCAGUGCACCAAGGCCAUCCAUGACACCCACUUCAGGUGAGCCCUCGCGAUCGCUGCAGUCCCCUGAGUAACUCACGCAGACGCGCCUGCACCGCCUCAUCAACCCCAGCUUCUACGGCUAUCAGGACGCCCCCUGGAGGAUCUUCCUGCGCAAAGAGGUGUUUUACCCCAAGGACAGCUACAGCCAUCCUGUGCAGCUUGACCUCCUGUUCCGGCAGAUCCUGCACGACACACUCUCCGAGGCCUGCCUUCGCAUCUCUGAGGAUGAGAGGCUUAGGACGAAGGCCUUGUUUACCCAGAACCAGCUGGACACACAGAGGCCUCUGGUAACGGAAAGCGUGAAGCAGGCCGUGGUCAGCACUGCACGAGACACCUGGGAGGUCUACUUCUCCCGCAUAUUCCCCGCCACGGGCAGCGUGGGCACUGGUGUGCAGCUCCUAGCUGUGUCCCAUGUGGGCAUCAAACUCCUGAGGAUGGUCAAGGGUGGCCAGGAGGCCGGCGGGCAGCUGCGGGUCCUGCGUGCAUACAGCUUUGCAGAUAUCCUGUUUGUGACCAUGCCCUCCCAGAACAUGCUGGAGUUCAACCUGGCCAGUGAGAAGGUCAUCCUCUUCUCAGCCCGAGCGCACCGGGUCAAGACCCUGGUAGAUGACUUCAUCUUGGAGCUGAAGAAGGACUCUGACUAUGUGGUCGCUGUGAGGAACUUUCUGCCUGAGGACCCUGCGCUGCUGGCUUUCCACAAGGGUGACAUCAUACACCUGCAGCCCCUAGAGCCACCUCGAGUGGGUCAGUGCCACUGA